AUGAAAGCCAUUCGCUCCGUCAACGAGGUUCAAACCAUGUCGGAUUUGUUACUGGCCUUGACGGACAUGAGCCUUAAUAACGACAAUGUGGAGGAGGAGGAGGAUGAUAAUCCAGCGGCAGGGGAUGACGAUCUAUCUUUUGAUGAUCCUGUCUUGCGAGCCAUGCAAUUACGAGAUUUGGCCGUGACGACUGCGGCUGCGGCUGUUUUGGAUGACACUGCAGCAAACACAAAUCCAGCAAACACUACUAUUUCCACUGGAGUUCAAGGGUUGAAGUUGAAUCUCAGUGAUUCGUCCUCUCUUUUGCACGCUUCCGCUGACUCGACUCCCUUUGCGUCCAAGGAUUGGGUCUUGGACAAUCAAAAUACCGUUCCUGACAUUGAGUACCAAACACAAACCUUGGAUAGCGAAAUGAGACGAUUACUCGUCCUGAGGUCGUAUCUAUUGUUGGACUCGGACGAAGAAGAUGAUGGUGAUGGUAGUUCCUUAGGCUUCGGUGCCAUUACGCGGUUGGCAUCGCGCAUGUUGGAUCAACCCAUUGCACUCGUUUCAUUGAGUGAUAUCGACCGACAAUGGUUUCUCAGUCAAUAUGGAUUGGGCGGAGGCACCAAUCAAAUUUGUCGCAAAAAUGCCUUUUGCGCCCACGUCCUCUUGUGUCAACAGGAAGAUGUCAUGGUCGUCCCCGAUGCGACGUUGGACCCAAGAUUCCAAAACAAUCCAUUGGUUACGGGGCCAUUGCAGGUCCGUUUUUAUGCAGGUGCUCCGCUCAUUGCUCCGGAAGGAUACAAAUUGGGGACCUUGUGUGUGUUGGGAAAUCAAGCACGUCCUCAAGGCUUGACCUUGGAAGAAAAACAAAACCUGCGCGAUCUAGCCGAUAUGGUCAUGGAAGCCAUGUCGCGACGUCGCAAGGAAAAAAUUCGAGCCCAUUUUCACAAUCCCAAACAAACCAUCGCCCUAAUGGCACACGAAUUGCUCACACCCUUGAUGGGGGUUCAACGAAAUCUUGCAACCCUCUCGGAAGAUUCCAGUCUCACCGACCAAAUGAGUCCGGAGGAACAAGAACUCUUGCAAAAUGCCCUGUAUUGCAGCGAUGCAGUGUCCAAAAUUUGCUCCACGGCCAUUGACGAUCUACGACUGCAACAACGAGUCUUGGCCAAUAAAAAACGGGCCUCCUUUUUGCGUUCCUCCUCGGCGCUACGAGGACCAGAUGCCUUCAAGACGUCCCAUUUGAUUCAAGCUUGGUACAUUAUCUUGGAAGCCUUCCCCAAAUAUGUUCCCGUUUCCAUUACACUCGACGAAAGUGUGCCCAAGGAAAUUUGCGCCGAUGAACUCAAAAUAUUUCGGUCCGCCCUCAAUUUCUUAUCCAAUGCCUGUCAACGAACCUUCAAGGGAUCCAUUCAGCUGGUCGUCAAAAUGAUUGCGGGGCAGAAUACGACUACGACUACGACUACUACUGACAAUGAUACUUCUGACAUGGAAGAAGAUGGGGCGGAAACCAAGACCAAUGAAGACCACAGUGCCACUCAAAAAGGCGGAAGCAAGAAUUACUUGUUUGUGGAAUGUUUGGAUACGGCACCCAACAUUCCCAUUGAAAAUUAUCCACUCCUAUUUCAUCCAUCCGAUUCUUAUGAAGAACAAUUGGAAUGUGUACGGCCGACGGCCAAUGGAGGCUGCGAACCGAUUUGUCGGAUGCAAACCCAAGGGUUGGGGUUGUAUUCGGUGGCGGUUCAAAUUGGAUCGAUUGGGGGAGAAUAUGGAUACAAGCCCAGGUUUCCCCCGAGGGACGAGAACGUUGAUGGCAAUGGGGAAACAAUGAUGACCCAACAAGAAGGGUCCAUCUUUUGGUUCAAGGUGCCACUCUAUGAUGAUGAUCAGGAGGAGGAUUAG